GGUGAAGCAGUUGUGAGUUUCGUUUUCUGAAAACCGUAUUUGUAUGUAGUUAUUGUUUGUAAUUUCUUUGUUUCUUACUCCAGCAAUUUUUAAUAUUGAGCCCAGUAAAGAAGCGAAGAGCGGGCUUAGUCACCCACCCCUACAGUCGGCUGGUAGAAUAAACCAAAAUGUGUGGGUGUCUAAAGGUGCUACGUAUUUACAAGCCACUACCGCGAACUCUACACUGCAGGCUCUCUAGCUCCACUGCGGCUCCACCGCAAGUGCCGGGAGUGCCUUACUCUAAACUUUCUAUAGGAGUUCCAAAAGAAAUAUGGCAAGAUGAAAGAAGAGUUGCAGUAGUACCAGCAGUAGUUAGCAAAUUAGUUAAAAAGGGCUUCACUGUAAACAUAGAAGAAGGAGCUGGAGCCUUAGCCAAUUUCCCCAACAAGACCUAUGAAGAGGCUGGUGCCAAGGUCACCAGUUUGAAGGACACAUUCCAAUCAAACAUAAUUCUUAAAGUCCGCCCACUAGUGGAUUCCGAGGUCCAAAAUGUACAAAAUGAAGGUACACUUAUAUCGUUCCUUUACCCUGCACAAAAUCAGGAUCUGGUCAAAAAACUUGCAGAAAAAAAGGUCAAUGCAUUUGCUAUGGACUGCGUCCCGCGAAUCAGUCGAGCCCAGGCGUUCGACGCCCUCAGCUCUAUGGCAAAUGUCGCAGGGUACAGGGCAGUCAUAGAAGCGGCUGCACAUUUCCCUAGGUUCUUUUCAGGUCAAAUGACGGCCGCGGGUCGCGUGCCGCCAUGCCGCGUGCUGGUCAUAGGCGGCGGCGUGGCGGGACUGGCGGCGGCGGCUCAGGCGCGCUGCAUGGGCGCCGCGGUGCGGGCCUUUGACACGCGCCCAGCCGUGCGCGAGCAGAUUGAGAGUCUGGGCGCGCAGUUCAUCACUAUGGAUAUGAAGGAAGAGGGCGCGGGAGAAGGCGGCUACGCCAAGGAGAUGAGCCAAGAGUUCCUGGAUGCUGAGCGGGCGUUGCUCGGCAGAGAAGCCAGAACGUCCGACGUCGUGAUCAGCACAGCUCUCAUACCCGGCAAGCCGGCACCGAUUCUCGUUUUAGAGGAUGCGGUCCGUGACAUGGCCCCAGGCAGCGUGAUCGUAGACCUGGCAGCCGAAAUGGGCGGCAACGUGCAAACCACCAAGAAGGGAGAGAUCGUCAAAGUGCACGGCGUCACUCACAUCGGCCUCACUGACUUACCAAGCCGCAUGCCUGCCCAUGCGUCCACUCUCUACGCCAACAACAUUUCAGGGUUUCUAUUCAGUUUGGGUACAAACGACCACUUCCACAUCAACCUCGAGGAUGAAGUGACUCGCGGUGCCAUAGUUUUGAAGGCGGGCGAGCUGCUAUGGCCGCCACCGCCGCCGCCCAGCAUGGCUCCCGUGCAGCAACCCAAGCAAGCCGCUGUUGCUAAGGCAGAACCGCCCAGUCCAUUCAAUGAGACGCUGAAAGACACUUUCUUGUAUUCUACAGGGUUGGCCAGUUUAAUCGGUCUUGGUAUGGUGUCACCAAAUCCAGCCUUCACAACUAUGACUACAACACUGGCUCUAUCUGGCGUGGUGGGCUACCACACGGUGUGGGGCGUGGUGCCGGCGUUGCACUCGCCGCUGAUGUCGGUCACCAACGCCGUGUCGGGCAUCACGGCCGUCGGCGGCCUGCUGCUCAUGGGCGGCGGGUACGUGCCCGAGACGCCGGUGCAGUGGUUAGCGAGCACUGCCGCUCUCAUCUCAUUCGUCAACGUUUUCGGCGGUUUCCUAGUAACACAGCGAAUGCUUGACAUGUUCAAAAGGCCUGGUGACCCACCGGAAUAUGGAUACCUGUACGCUAUUCCUGCAGCCGCUCUUCUUGGAGGAUAUAUGACCACAGCUAUGCAGGGUUACCCAGAAGUACAUCAGAUGGCGUACUUGGCGUCUUCGCUUUGCUGCGUGGGCGCACUCGCUGGACUCAGCUCCCAGACCACCGCCAGAAAAGGAAAUUACCUCGGAAUGAUCGGUGUGUCGGGAGGUAUAGCGGCCACUCUCGGAGCGUUGACUCCAAGCGCAGAGGUUCUAGCCCAAAUGGUCGGUGUCGCUGGCAUUGGCGGUCUACUCGGUGCUACCAUCGCAAAGAAAAUUGAAAUCACGGAUCUACCACAGCUCGUGGCUGGUUUCCACAGCCUCGUGGGUAUGGCAGCGGUACUGACGUGCCUCGCGACGUACAUGCAUGACUUCCCCGCCAUGGCGCUCGACCCCACCGCCGCUACGCUCAAGACCUCGCUGUUUUUGGGAACUUACAUCGGCGGUAUCACCUUCACCGGAUCCCUGGUAGCCUACGGCAAGCUGCAGGGCUCGCUGUCGUCAGCACCUUUGAUGCUGCCUGGACGGCACGCGAUCAACGCAGGAUUACUAGCCGGUUCUCUGGGCUGCGGCGGCGCACUGCUGGCCUUCCCAGAGGUGCCCGGCCUACCGCUGCUGUCCGCUGCUGCGGUACUAAGCGGUAUCCAGGGCCUGACGCUCACCGCCGCUAUCGGAGGUGCGGACAUGCCAGUGGUGAUCACAGUGCUGAACAGCUACUCGGGCUGGGCGCUGUGCGCGGAAGGCUUCAUGCUCAACAACUCGCUCAUGACCAUCGUGGGCGCUCUCAUCGGCAGCUCUGGUGCUAUCCUGUCCUACAUCAUGUGCAAGGCCAUGAACCGUUCCCUGCCCAACGUAAUCUUGGGUGGCUACGGCGUGGCCACAGGCGGCUCGGCGCGGCCGGCCGGCGCCACGCACACAGAGCUCAAUGUGGACUCGGUGGCUGACCUCAUCCACCGCGCUUCCAAUAUCAUCAUCACGCCUGGUUAUGGACUGUGCGUGGCGAAGGCGCAGUACCCGAUCGCCGAGCUCGUGGACCUGCUUAAAGGCAUCGGCAAGAGGGUGCGCUUCGCGAUCCAUCCAGUUGCGGGACGUAUGCCUGGCCAGCUGAACGUGUUGUUGGCAGAAGCUGGAGUGCCAUAUGAUGAUGUCUUUGAAAUGGAAGAAAUCAACGACGACUUCCCCGAAACUGACCUUGUGCUUGUUAUUGGUGCUAACGACACCGUAAACAGCGCAGCUGAAGAUGAUCCUAACUCACCAAUCGCAGGAAUGCCGGUCUUGAAAGUAUGGAAAUCAAACCAGGUGGUGGUUAUGAAGCGGUCAAUGGGCGUGGGAUACGCGGCGGUGGACAACCCGAUCUUCUACAACCCUAACACGGCCAUGUUGCUCGGAGACGCCAAGAAGACGUGCGACGCCCUCCUGGAGAGAGUCAAGCAUCUGGCGGCUUAAGCCUUGACUAAAUGGUACAGUCGACAGCAUGUGAGAAUAUGCAUUUAUAUUGCAUAGUAGCACCUAUAACAACUACUUGAGAUGCCAUAGUGUAUGGCACGAUGUUCUGUCCUCUGUACAUUUCUGAAGGUAGCUUGAAUCACAUUUAACAAAAUGUGAGUAUCUAGGAGGAUUGAUUAUUAUUAAUAUACUUUUAAUAACUUUAAAACACCAUAAGUACAGAUAAACUAACCAUAUAAAAUGGUUUUCCGAAACUUAAUUUUGAAUUGCAAUUCGGCAAGAUUAUUGCACCGACAAUGUUGAUUGUACUUACGAUAACCGUUAAGUAUGGAUUUAAUAUGUGAUAAGAAAUAUUAACUGAAAAAAGCGGUGCCAUCGAACCCAUGUUGCUGAUGAUAUUAUAAAAUACCAUAAAGUUACAUGAUACGGUAUUAUGAAUACAAUGCUAUUCCCUAAUGUAUGCUGACUUUUUUCUAAGAUAAAAUUAAAUCGGUUUGUGUGAAAUCGAUUUGGAUGUUGCUACUUAGAAAUAAUACGUACUUAUA